AUUCCACUUAUCACUAUUUUGCGUUGGUCAUCAUGCUAGUUUGUUGGGCCUUGGGAUGGUCUCGCGGUUGUUUGGGCCAGCCCAAGACCUACGGGCCCUUGAGUUUUCCGAGGUUAAUAGGGUGGGCAUCCAAACACAAUUUUCAAAAAUUCACCUGCUUCGAACCCCAAGGCCAACAGAGUCUUAUCACCGACCAACCCCCAAAGUCAUAACACUAUCACGUGACAUAGCUUCUCUGUAUAAACAUACACCACUCACUCUCACCUUCUCACUUACCUCACUAUUUUCUUCCUACAGUAUGUCUACCAAAGUCUCCAAAAAGCAGCUAUCUUCCUUGGAAGCUAAGAACAUCAACAACUCAGAAGAUCCAGAAGAGACCGAAAACACAACCCUUGUCACGACUCAUGUGUUCUUGAAGCCCACUCACUCCACCGGAACACUAGACAAAGAAGUGGUGCUCAGUCGUAUUCGCCACCGCAAGCGCGCCAACAAGUUUCGCACCGCCGUGCGAGCUCUCUUACUCUCGCCGUUUGCUGCUAAGACAACGACCGACAACGUCUCGGUUCAACAAACGAGAUGGGUGGAUGAUGCUUUCGCUGCUCCUUGAUUAGUUCAUAAAGGAACUGUUACCCCCCAUGUAUUGUAAUUGUACUUGUAUGUAAAUAAAGCAUCUAGUGCAACUUAUUUCUUCAAAUAUGCUUUCCAGCUGAAAGAACUGUUUGUUUGAAAUAGUGCUUAAGUUAGCCGGAAACUGAGUACUUAGAGUAAUGGUGACUCAAGAAGCGGGCCCCGGAGCUUUUAUCCAAAAAAGAAGAAGCAAAAGAAAAGGAAGUUGGAAGUUUAAACAUUAAGAGGGAAUAACUGGGUAAGCAAAGGUGCACCUCUCUUUUUAUUUAUGUAUUUAAUGGUAUAACUUGCAUAAGAAGUGUUGUUU